ACGUCGGGCACGUUACGGCAAAGACACAGUGUCUGGUUUUAUAAAAACAGGAGAACUAAAUGAAUGAAUAUCGAAAAAAACUGCCGUAAAUUAAUCCGUGUCAAUUUUUACUAUAGUACGAGUGGCCUGAUACGUCGCAAGGCAAAUAAACGAGUUCUCUAUUAAAUAGCGAAUUGUGCAAGUGACAGUUGCACCGAUUUAGAAAUACAAACAGUGCUAAGUGGAUAAAACCGCAGGUUGCAUAAAAAAAACAAAUGUGCGCGACGUCUUAACGAAACAAAAGAAUGGAGGGCAAGAUAUCGCAUAGUGGGCUGUUGGCUCGUAGUCCCGAAGGACACGCGGCCAGGGGCAUGCAGAUUAAGGGCAACGAGGACCUGUGGGUGGAAAUCCAGGCGAACACUUUCAGGAACUGGGUGAACGAGCACCUGCCCAAGAAUUUGAGGGUGGCGGAUUUAUCGCAGGAUUUGUGUACAGGCGUUCGACUCUGUGCCCUUGUGGAAGCCCUUAGGGGACGGCCCUUAAAACCCGCGUGGAAUAAGAGGCCCGCAAAUCAACACCACUAUCUGGAGAAUGUCACUUGCGCCUUAAAUGCCAUCGAGCAAGAUGGAGUUAAACUUGUAAAUAUAGGAAACUUAGACAUCGUAAAUGGCAACCUGAAAUUAAUUCUGGGCCUCAUCUGGUCUUUGAUCGUACGUUAUCAGAUCGGCCGUUCCAAAUUCCCUCCCAGAAAACUUAUGCUGGCUUGGCUUCAAGCCGUCCUCCCAGAGUGUAAAGUGCACAACUUCACAACCGACUGGAACUCUGGCGUAUUGCUUUCUGCACUGAUCGAUUAUUGCCAGCCGGGAUUGUUUCCACACUGGCGAAAAUUAG